CGCCAGCGAGGACCCCGAAGCCAAGAUGGCGGCGUCCGUGCAGCGGGCUCGCGGCUUGCUGGGGCUGUCUGCGGCUCUGAGCCCAUGCUCGCGCGGUUACCGAGCGCCGCCACCUCCACGCCGAUCACCGGGCCCCUGGUGGCCGGACUCCAAGGACCCACUGACCCCACGCUGGCAGCUAGGUCCGCGCUAUGCCGCCAAGCAGUUCGCGCGGCACGGCACUGCCUCCAAGGUAGCCCCCAGCUUGUUGUGGCCGACGACGGAGCAGCUCCGCGAACUAGAGGCAGAGGAGCGAGAAUGGCACCCGAGCCUGGCGACCAUGCAGGAGUCGCUGCGGGCAAAAGAGUUGGCGAAGGAGCAAAAGCAUCGAGAAAGGGAGCAGCUCAUUGCUGAGCGCAUGGCCAAGAUGCCGCAGAUGAUUGAGAACUGGCGGCAGCAGCAGCGAGAGCGCUGGGAGAAGGUACAGGCAGACAAGGAACGCAGGGCUCGCCUACAGGCAGAGGCCCAGGAACGCCUGGGCUACCACGUGGACCCGCGGAGCACACGCUUCCAGGAGCUGCUGCAGGACCUGGAGAAGCAGCAGCGCAAGCGCCUCAAGGAGGAAAAACAGAGGCAGAAGAAAGAGGCCCGGGCUGCUGCCAUGGCCACCAGCGCAGCCCAGAACGCAGCAGCCUCUGAGGCAGCCAGCUCCUGAGCUUUGUCCUUUCCCAAUAAAACCAGCUGCCCAGCAGCCCCCUCCCCACAGGACUCUUCAUCCUUUCUCCAGGUGCCUCCCCAGGUCCCCUGGCUCCUUCCCCAACACCUGGGGCUGGAGGGGCUUCCCAGCCAGCGGCUGUGUUUGAACAGGGACCCUGGGCCAUACCAUGCCGACUAACUGGGGCUUCAGGGGAGGAAGGGAUGUGCUGGGCAGAUAAUAGAGGAGCAGAUGGCAGCAGAGAAGAAGGCUUCUGUUUACCAACAUUAAUCUCCAGUAAUUAGCCAAUUACCAGGGGGAGGCGCAGCCAGGCAGACUAUGGUGAUGGUGAUGGGGGGCUGGGAGAAGUGCUCC